AUGCUUACAAGGAACUGCUUAUCCCUGCUUCUCUGGGUCCUGUUUGAUGGAGGUCUCCUAACGCCACUGCAUCCAGAGCCACAACAGACUUUAGAAGCAGAACCAAGAGACAAUGUUGUGCCAGUGCCAGGGAGGAGGUCAUCUGUCCAGCGAGUCAAACGAGGCUGGGUGUGGAACCAGUUUUUUGUGCUGGAGGAGUACAUGGGCUCCGAACCUCAGUAUGUGGGAAAGCUACAUUCUGACUUGGACAAGGGAGUGGGCACUGUUAAAUAUACCCUUUCAGGAGAUGGUGCCGGCACUGUUUUUACCAUUGAUGAGACCACAGGAGACAUUCAUGCCAUAAGGAGCCUAGAUCGAGAAGAAAAACCUUUCUACACACUCCGGGCUCAGGCUGUGGAUGUUGACACCAAGAAACCACUAGAGCCUGAAUCAGAGUUCAUCGUCAAAGUGCAGGACAUUAAUGAUAAUGAGCCAAAAUUCCUGGAUGGGCCUUACGUUGCCAGUGUCCCAGAAAUGUCUCCAGUGGGUGCAUAUGUGCUUCAAGUCAAGGCAACAGAUGCUGAUGAUCCCACCUAUGGAAACAGUGCUAGAGUGGUCUACAGCAUUCUUCAGGGGCAACCCUACUUCUCCAUUGAUCCGAAGACAGGUGUAAUAAGAACAGCUUUGCCAAAUAUGGACAGAGAAGUGAAAGAACAAUAUCAAGUUCUCAUCCAAGCCAAGGACAUGGGAGGACAGCUGGGAGGACUAGCGGGUACCACCACUGUAAACAUAACUCUCACGGAUGUCAAUGACAACCCACCCCGAUUUCCUAAGAGUAUCUUCCAUUUGAAAGUGCCCGAGUCCUCCCAUGUUGGUUCUACUAUUGGAAGGAUCAGAGCUGUGGAUCCUGAUUUUGGGAAAAAUGCAGAAAUUGAGUACAACAUAGUUCCAGGGGAUGGAGGAAACUUGUUCGACAUCACAACAGAUGAGAACACCCAGGAAGGAGUCAUCAAACUGAAAAAGCCAUUAGACUUCGAAACAAAAAAAGCAUACACCUUCAAAGUCGAGGCCUCCAAUCUCCAUCUUGACCAUCGAUUUCACUCAGUGGGUCCAUUCAAAGACACCGCUACUGUGAAGAUAAAUGUGUUGGACAUGGAUGAACCUCCAGUUUUCAGCAAGCCUAUGUACACGAUGGAGGUCUAUGAGGAUACUCCUGUGGGGACCAUUAUCGGUGCAGUGACAGCACAAGACCUCGAUGCUGGCAGCAGUUCGGUUAGAUACUUCGUUGAUUGGAAGAAUGAUGUGGACAGCUACUUUACAAUAGAUGCUACUGAAGGAACCAUUGCUACUAAUGAAUUACUGGACAGAGAAAGCACAGCACAGUACAAUUUCUCUAUAAUUGCAAGUAAAGUUAGUAACCCACUAUUAACCAGCAAAGUCAACGUUAUAAUAAACGUCCUGGAUGUCAACGAGUUUCCUCCUGAAAUUUCAGUUCCGUAUGAGACAUCUGUAUGUGAAAAUGCCAAACCAGGACAGGUAAUACAGACUGUCACUGCAGCAGACAAAGAUUUGUCACCAGCUGGGCAAAGGUUUUCCUUCAGACUGUCACCUGAGGCUUCCAACAAACCAAAUUUCACAGUCCAUGACUACAGAAACAACACAGCUGGGAUUGAAACCAGGAGAAAUGGCUACAGUAGGAGGCAGCAAGAGCUGUACUUUCUUCCAGUGGUAAUAGAAGAUAGCAGUUACCCUGUCCAGAGCAGCACAAACACAAUGACUAUCCGAGUUUGCAGAUGUGAUUCCGAUGGUACCAUCCUGUCCUGCAAUGUGGAAGCAAUCUUCUUGCCAGUAGGCCUCAGCACAGGAGCACUGAUUGCCAUCCUGCUGUGUAUUGUUAUACUUCUAGUCAUUGUGGUACUAUAUGUAGCACUACGGAGGCAGAAGAAAAAGGACACCCUGAUGACCUCUAAAGAAGACAUCAGAGAUAAUGUUAUCCAUUAUGAUGACGAAGGAGGUGGAGAAGAGGACACCCAGGCUUUCGACAUUGGUGCCCUGAGGAAUCCCAAAGUGAUUGAAGAUAACAAAAUGCGCAGGGACAUAAAACCAGACACCUUGUGUUUUCCACGUCAGAGACCACCAGUGGAAGAUAACACAGACAUAAGAGAUUUCAUUAAUCAAAGGCUGCAGGAAAAUGAUGUGGAUCCAACUGCACCCCCUUAUGACUCCUUGGCAACCUAUGCUUAUGAAGGAAAUGGAUCUGUUGCAGAGUCUCUCAGCUCCAUAGAGUCCCUUACUACAGAGGCAGACCAGGAUUAUGACUAUCUGAGUGACUGGGGACCUCGCUUUAAGAUCUUGGCAGACAUGUUUGGAGAAGAAGAAAGUUAUAACCCUGACAAAGUCACUUAA